CGUUUAGAAACGUCACAACUCUCAACCAAUCAGGGCCGCGGACCGUUGGUUCGUAGCGAUUUAGUGGCGAUAGACUAGACCUGACGAUCAGAGUCAACUAUCUUGUCUGUUUGCAUGAAUCUGGAUUCAUCUUUGGCAAAUUUUACGAUAUGAAAGUGAUACAGAGUAUAAGUAGGCUGCAGCGAUCACCUGAAAAUGUCUUCAUCCCUGUGCACACACACCUGCGUCCCCGUACGCGCAGCAGUGUCACUAUAUGGCAUCUUCCGGAGGAAAUACUCCUACAUUUUCUCAAAGGUCUUCAGAUAAAAGAUUUGUUGAACAUGAGGGUGGUUCAUCCCUACUUCCUGCAACUGAUUGACACACACACCUCUGUCUGGACAGCAGUUACAUUCCACAACUGCUGGCCCUCCCCGGCCAAUCUACAACAUUUCCAAAGAGCUCAAGAAAAUGGUAACCUGGAAGCCUUAAUCAAACUUGCUGUUGCAUACCUCUACAGUGAGGGCUUGCCAAGUCCUGCUACCCCUGAAUUGUGUCCAUCCAAUGGUAAUCGUGCAGCAGAGCUGUUCUGCAAGACUGAGGCUCUCACUCCCAACACAGUCCCUUUCACAUGGCUCUUUAUUCGCCCUCCAUGGUCCAUGAGCGGUGCCUGCUGUAAGGAGGGCGUCUUUCAGUUCAUGAAACAAUACCUAGAGAAGGAAGUGAAUCGAGAUAUCAGUGUUUGUGUGGGGAAGAUGCUGCAGCUCCUGGAUGGGGAAGGUACCGAGACGGCCGCCAUCCACUACCUGCAGUUAGCUGCCAAACAUGGCUCAGCUGAUGCUGCACUUGCAUUGUGGGAGUUGCAGUAUUCGGAGAGGGUAUUAGAUAAAGCCUCUGAACUAGCAAGUAUGCGCCAGUUGCGAGAUGUGGCCAGUAUGGGGUGUCUGAACGCCCGACUCUAUUUGUGCAAGUAUUAUGCAUCAGGGAAAUAUGGUGGCAUAUCUCGCUCUCAAGUGGCAGCAUUCCUGAGAGAAGUCUUUCAAACUACCUCACCCACGGGCACUCACAAGACAUUCCAGAACCAUAGAGACCUCACCCCGUCCAUGAGAUACAUCCUUGUUGACUGGCUGGUAGAAGUAGCGGGCAUGAAGGACUUCUCCACCCUCACCCUCCACGCUGCCGUCAACCUGGUGGAUCGAUUCCUGCAGGUGCACACUGUCCCCCGCUCUCAGCUACAGCUCCUGGGAGUUGCAGCUAUGGUCAUUUGCUCAAGAUUCCUUGGUAAGGAUAUCAUUACAAUCCGUGAGGCAGCCUGGCUCACUGACAGCACCUACAGCUAUGAGGAUGUUGUGAGGAUGAUGGGAGAGAUCACGGCGACGGUGCGGGGAAACAUUCGCGUGGCCACCAGCCUGGACUACGUGAACAUCUUGACAGUGUUGGCACCAGGCAUGGACCGGCGCUGCAUGAAGCUGGCGGAGUACAUCUGUGAACUGAGCUUGCUGCAGGCCGAGAUGGGACAGUACAGCACAGCUGAGAUUGCCUCUAGCUGUGUUCUCCUAGCCCGUAUUCUAGUCAAAAUGGAAACUCCCUGGCCCUCCAUGAUGGAAGAGUUCACAGGAUUUUCAGUUGAUGACAUCAGCAGGUGUGCCUUCCAUGUCCAUGAGAAAUGCUUCAUGGAGGGGUCAGUUGUCGACCAUCGUGACAUCACUCUACAAGCGGUCAAACAGCGAUACUCAGACGAGAAAUACCACUGUGUCAGCGACAUUGAUAUAAUGAGCUAUGAAGAGCUCUGCUCCAUCAUGGGGGUGACAGAACACAUCCUACAUGGAACUGAUGUGAAGCUCCGCUUCAAAAAUGCAGAUGAACUCAUAGUCUCACCAUCACGGGGCAAGAGUCGCAGUCACAGAACUAUCAAGCGCAGUAUGGAACGUGAGAAGGCCUCAACUCCAACUGUUGAAAAGUGGGAGUUUCCAGAGAGUGCAGUGAUGUCAGGCUAUGAUGGUGAUCAUGAAGAUGAUGAUGAAGAAUCAUUCAUGGAACUUAAUGACUCCAUCAACAGUAUGGUGACCUGUGACAGCUCUGACCUGACCAUUGACUCUGACAGUGACACUUACACUGCAUGUCUUUCAAGCUUCUGCAAUGGAGAGUCUAGUUUUGGAGGAAUCAAAGUGAAGCUGCUGGGUGCCUCCUCCUCCUCCUCCGCCUCUCCUGGCAUCACCUUCCCCACCAGCUGCUGCUGUGCUCAGUCCUCCUCCUCUGGGGUAUCCUCCUCCCCAAGCAGCCAGUCUAGUCCCUCGCCACAAACAAAACGCUCAAAGUGCAAUUUCCGCAGUUUCUCUUCUUACUCCAUGUCUCAUAGUGACUAUGACACAAAAAGUCCAUUUGAGGAUUCUUUCACCACAAGAAAGAGUCCCCGCACAGCAACACAGAUGACCUCACCAAAUGCUUUGAAAAAAAAGAGUCGUAAGAGAUCAAGUAACACUGUGGGAAACAGCAUGUCCUAGAUGGCCUGCCAAGCUGCACGCAUGUUACGUCAACCUGCAGAUCCAACACUAGAAACAAUAUCCAUGCCAUAUGUUGAACUAAACAGCCCAAUGCAUUGUGGAAAGAAUACAGCAUUACAGAUAAAUCACUGACAAAGUGUUUUCAUUUUCAAGUAAGCUUGCUCACAAAUCAAUCAUGACCAGGUUUUCCGAGUCAGUAUCCUAUAUGUGAUAAAAUCCCAUGUGGUAUAUGUCAAGGUCAUAAUCAUUGAUUGAACAUAUCCCAUGUUCAUAACUCAGGUGCUAACUCAAUGAAAUUGACAGGCUGCCACUUUCAUUGAUCAUAUGAUCUCCUGGCCUGUGAUAUGUUAUACUCUUGAGUGAAUGGAUGACAUUUACAUCUUCCUGAGGUAUGCCUCAAGUUGACAGAUGGACGGAAUGUAAUUACCAUCCCAACUUGUGUUAUUCCUCCAUCGUGAGUGACUGGUUGUUACAAGUGCUAUGUCUGUAAAUUAUAAAGAGCAUAUUGUUUAUUUGUACAUUAAGUUGUAUUAUUUAUGAAUCAUCCAUCAGUAUUUAAAAAAAUACUGUUUUGUUUAUUUCUGUAAAUAGUUGUUGUGUUGGAAUUUCUGAGAGAAGUCCAUAUAAGCUUGGUUAUCCUGAGCAGCACAGGUUACACAACCUCUGUUGUCAAGUUGCACAUGUUGAUUACCUUGUAAAAUCAUUGAGAAAAUUAUCAAAGGUUUCGCAAACUCUGCAUACCAUGAUUUCUUGAACAAAUUAGAUUUUUCACAUAGAUGCCAUAAUCAAAAUAUCUUUUGGAAGAAGUAUUUGUGCCCAAUGUUUUAUGUUCAGCACAGAGUGGAGUUGAUGAGUUCCUGUACCGCAACAUCCAGUACUGACAACACUAUUUGACCAGGGCAUUAUUGUAGCGCCUUGCCAUAUUUUAAAUGGCCUAUUUUUUUAAUAGAUUUACAAUAUUUGACAUUUUGUAAGUAAACUUUUACAUAAAAAUUAUGUAUGACUUAUAUGGUAUGAAAUUGAUUGACGAAAGACAGGAUCAAAAUGUUUAUGAUGUGUUUGAAAAACUUGCCAUAAUGAUGAAGAAAACAAUGAUUUGAGCAUAAUGUACUCUACAAACCUCACUGAACUGGCAUAGGUUAUAGAAUGUUACAGUAAGGAACUGGCAUAAGAGGAACUUAUUUACAUAACUAUACCAAAACAAGAAAUUUAUUUAUUGAGACCUGACAGUUGAGGGUAGACAGUUGGUGUGGAGUCAGUGUCAGUGACUGGGCUCACUCCACUCAACCAGCUUACAAGUUAUAGUGUCAGCUGCAUCGUCACUCAGGCCAUGUUGCCAAGACUAGUUGGAAGUUGUGUUGCCAAGACCUACUAUGUUGGAGGUUGUGUGUAUGACGUUUGAGGAAGUUUGAAUGCAAUUGAGAGCUGAUAUGCAGGUCCGUGAAUGUCACCAAUGAUAUUGAGACAUAUUUAUUAUUACUUUGUAAUAAACAUAAAUACAAAAAUUA